AUACGUUGAAAAUGCUUGGAGCCCGUGGAACAAAUUACCAUUGCGUGGAACGAAAAUAAUUUCAUUUGUAAUCAUCUAGGUAUGCCAAGACCCUAGAACGCAUAACAUUAAGGCAAAAAUGGCAGCAAACAGUCUCGAAGAGCAUAGGAAGUUAUUGGACUUCUUCAGAAUUGUUGGAAAACUUAAGCAUCUGAAGCGGACCGGCUGGGUGCGCUGUGACGUCACCGAACCAGAGACAGUUGCUGGCCACAUGUACCGCAUGUCCAUCAUGGCCAUGGUGGCCGCCGGGCGUGCGCACGUGGACCAGACGCGCGCCGUCAAAAUGGCGCUCGUGCACGACCUGGCCGAGGCGCUGGCGGGAGACAUCACCCCGCACUGCGGCGUCUCGGACGGAGACAAGCACGCGCGCGAGCUGGCCGCCCUGGAGACGAUGGUGCAGCCGCUGGACGACAGGGUCGCCUCCGAGAUCAUGGCGCUGUUCGUGGAGUACGAGUCGAACCAGACCGCCGAGGCGCGCUUCGUGCACGACCUCGAUAAGUUGGAUAUGAUCCUCCAGGCGGAUGAGUACGAGGCGGCGCAGGGCCGCGACCUGCAGCAGUUCUUUGACUCGACCCGGGAGGUUUUCCGCACGGAGGAGGGCCAGGGGAUGGCGGCGGUGCUGCGCCGGCAGCGGGACGAGCGGCGCCGGACCGGCGACGGUGGCGCCACCGCCGAGACGCCGGCCGCUCCGGGAACUAACGCCGACUGACACUGACCGGUUAGUGGCGCCACCGGCGCGGCGGCGACCGAAUGCCCCGCUCAGUUUUUCUUUUUACACAUGUAAAGGCGAGAACUUGGGUAACGUAGAAUAAACUUAACAGUUUCUAUUGACUGCUCACUGAGAAGACGUUUUGGGAUUCGUUUACUCUAAGUUCUAACUUACAGUGUUUGAGUGUUGUGUGUUUUGCUGCAAUAAUAUACCGUGUUGACGUAUGCUCAAAA